CGUUGUUAUCACCCUUGUUGUUAGUGGAACAAAUCCACCGCCAGGUAGCGGGACAUUCCAGGCACAGCUCAAGGUGACGAGAGGAGGACAUGGCGGACAGCAACCUGUGUGCAGUGGUGUACGGCAAGAGGGACCUGCGAGUGGAAAGCAGGGCAGUGCCCCAGGCCGGCCUCGGAGAACUGCAGAUAAAAGUGAGAGCUGUAGGUAUUUGUGGUUCGGAUGUGUCACUAUGGAAGAACGCAGCCAUUGGUCAGUUCCCUCUGAAGGACCCCUUGGUGGUAGGUCACGAACCCUGCGGGACGGUGGCUGGUGUGGGUCCUGGGGUCACGGGCUUCGCUGUCGGGGACUUUGUCGCCAUGAACCCAAACAUCACGUGCGGCGCCUGUGGGGCCUGUCGGGAGGGGCGCCAGAAUCUCUGUGAUUGCGGCAUCAUCAUGGCCACCCCACCGACCAAUGGCAGCAUCGCAAACUUCAUCGUUUGGCCCUCUCGUCUGUGCUACAAGUUGCCUCCCAGCGUCACCCCUAACGAAGGCGCUUUUAUUCAGCCCAUAGCUUUGGCAGUGCACGGAUGUCAAAGGGCAGGAAUCAAACCGGGUCAUCGUGUCCUAAUUUGUGGGGCAGGCCCCCUGGGGAUGGCCAUGGCGAUGGUUGCCCGCGUGAGCGGAGCUUCCAAACUGUGCAUUACAGACAUCAACGAAGCAAGACUCCAAUUUCUGGCAAAUAUUACCAAGUGCUCUAUAGUACACGUGCAAGGAGAGCCUCCAGAAGACACCGCAGAGCGCGUGAGGAAGGAGCUGGCAGGGUUCGCUGACGUCACCUUAGAGUGCAGCGCCGCCCCUACUUCAAUCGCAACCGCCAUUAACGCCACAAAGUCAGGAGGCUGUGUGUUGAUAGCGGGUAUCAGUCCAGAUGCGGAGACCAGGAUUCCCCUGCGGUCCGCCAUGACAAGGGAAGUGGACGUCAAGGGAAUGUUUCGAUUUGCCAACGAGUACGAAACGGCUGUGGAGCUGAUCAGCUCGAGGGUGAUUGAUGUCAGACCGUUAGUGACGCACACCUUUCAGCUAGAAAACGUCACUGAAGCCUUCGAGGCUGCCGCCAAGGGAGAAGGUGGGAAGAUUGUGAUCCUCUGUUCCAAAGAGUGACGUCACAUCGUAUAACGGCCUUACCAACCCUGGUGGCUCAGUUCUUGAACCGAAAUAAUAUUCAGAUAUUAAAGGAGUAUUUACUGAACUGUCAGAAACACCACGUCACUGACCAUGGGUCAGGGAAGUCGGUCCUGUGGACAUGAGUCCACCCCUGUUACAUCCUAUCUUGUCUUCCCUACGACUUGGACUGGAAGUACCAGUUAAGGGAUGAGCAGAACAAGAAGAAUCACUUCACUUUACUCCAGAGAAUUUUUUCUUAUAACAACAUACAAAAAGUAUUUCAUGCAUUUGUUUUCAGGACUUGGUCAGCUUAAACAAAACUUGCAACCUACGUGUAUGUUGUGAUAUGUGAUACGCAUUUAAAUAAUAUAAAUAUAUUGGCAUCUACAGAUAA